AUGACAGUGGACUUCAGGAGACAUCCCUCAACACUGCUCCCCCUCACCAUAUCAGACAGCCCUGUGUCGACUGUAAAGAUCUUCAAGUUCCUGGGUACCCUCUACCCAAUAUCUGGAACAACAAGCCCUCCGUCAGACGAUGGAAGUUCUCCUCUUAUUGUCCUACAGCAUCCCUUUCUGUAUUUUGGACAGACGUAUAAUCAGAUUUAUGUAAACACCAAUGGAGACCUGACCUUUGAUGGACCAUGGUAUAGCUACACCCCCCAACCGUUUCCAAUGUAUGGAUUCAGAGACAUUAUCGCUCCAUUCUGGACAGAUUUAGACAACAGAGGAAAUGGUCAGGUCUACUACAACCAAUACACCAGCGGCAGUGUUCUCCAGCAAGCUACACGAGACAUCAAUCAAUACUUUCCAGGACUGAACUUUAAUGCAAACUGGGUCUUUGUUGCAACUUGGUUUGAGGUUGCCUAUUUUCCAAUGACUGGAACACAAACAACAGUCCAAGCUGUCCUGAUAUCUGGUGGCCAGUACUCAUUUGUGCUGAUGAACUAUGGGGAAAUAGCCUACACAACACGUUCUAUACAGGCUGGAUAUGAUACAAUCCGUUCUACUCACCAUUUUUCCAUCCCUGGAUCAUUCUCAGAGAACGCAACAGGACAGUUCUCAAAUUUCCGUCUCAGCAGCAAUGUCCGUGUGCCCGGUCGCUGGGCCUUCAGGACAGACCAUGGAUCAACAGGCUGUACUUUCAAUGGUCUACCUGUGCAGCUUGGUGAUUCCUUCUGGAGUGACAGUACCUGUGCCCAGAAGUGCACCUGUACCUCAUCAGGCCUGCAGUGCCAGAGACAACCGUGCUCCUUUUCACAGAUCUGCCAGCCAACCUCCUUUCAGUUUUCAUGCCAGACAGUGCAGAGGCGCACCUGCACCAUAAGUGGUGAUCCACAUUACUACACCUUUGAUAACACAUUGUUCCACUUUCAGGGUACCUGCACUUAUGUUCUCUCUGAGCAAUGUAAUAGUGGACUGCCCUACUACAGAGUAGAGGGCAAGAAUGAGCACAGAGGCAGUACUCGAGUUGCUUGGACACGACUGGUGAAAGUGUAUGUCUAUAAUGACACAAUUGAGCUUGUCAAAGGACAUAAUGGUGAAGCGAAGGUUAAUGGGAACUUUGCAGCUGUUCCAUUCUCCCUUAGCAAUGGCACCGUGCAAGUUUAUCAGUCAGGUUUUUCUGUGGUCGUCAGCACUGACUUUGGCUUAAUGGUGUCUUACGAUGCAUAUAGUUAUGUCCAAAUCAGUGUGCCCUACACUUACCAAAAUGCAACAUGUGGUCUUUGUGGAAACUUCAACAAUCAACCUCAAGAUGACUUUCGCACACGCCAGGGCGAGCUUGUGAGCUCUGAUGUGAUUUUUGCUAACAGCUGGCAAGCAUCUGGGGAUGAUGACCCUGGCUGUGGGCCACAGUGUAGUGGUCUGGCCUGUGCUGUUUGCACUGCAGAACAGACAGCAUUGUACAGAAACACUGACCACUGUGGUAUCCUCAGCAGCACUUCUGGACCUUUCGCUGCUUGCCAUCAACAACUUCCUCCACAAUCCUUUGUGGACAGCUGUCUGUAUGAUCUGUGUCUAGGAGGAGGGUACCAACCUAUUCUCUGUCAAGCCUUAACCGUGUACGCAAGUCAGUGUCAACAAAAUGGUAUUCAGCUGCAAAGCUGGAGGAGAACCGGCUUUUGUGAAAUCCCAUGUCCUGCCAACAGCCACUUUGAAUCCCAAGGCACAGGAUGUCCACCUACCUGUGUUAAUCCCAACUCUACCUACAACUGCCCUCUACCUCCCCAGGAAAGCUGCAUCUGUGAUUCAGGCUACAUCCUCAGCGGUGGGGUCUGCGUCCCUCAUGCUGAGUGUGGCUGCAGCUUUGAGGGCCGUUACUACCGCUCUGGACAAACUGUAAUACUAGAUGAAAACUGUGGGAGACGUUGUAGCUGCAGUUAUGGCUCCAUGACUUGCCACUCUCAUGGUUGUGGGCCAUUUGAAUCAUGCAGGGUGGAGAAUGGAGAAAGAGGAUGCAGACCAAAUAGCUAUGAAACAUGCUGGAUCAGAGGCCCAGGGUCAUAUCAGACAUUUGAUGGACUGACAUACCAAUAUCCUGGAGCGUGUCGAUUGAUACUUGCCAAAGUUAUGGGACUGUCCAGUCAUCCAAACUUCACGGUGACAGCAGAAAAAGUGCCAAGAGGCCAGCAAGACUUUUCCAAUGUGCUAAAGUUUGAGGUAGAGGAAACACAGGUCGCCAUUGAGAUGGAAAUAAAUGGCAAAGUUAAGGUUAACGGUCAGCUGAUCAGGCUACCUUUCAGCACUGGAUCCAAUGGAAUGCAAAUCUUCCACAGCAGCAUUUACAGUGUCAUCAUUCGCACCUCCUUUGGUGUAACUGUGCAGACAGUCUGGCCUCACUUUGUCCGUGUCACUGCUCCUGGUGUCUACAGUGGUUCACUGGGUGGACUCUGUGGUGACUACAAUGGUCAUCCACAUGACGACUUCCGCACACCCAGCGGUGUCCUGGUCAACAGUUCUCAGGACUUUGGAGACAGCUGGCGAGAUGGCUCUCUGGCUGCUCACUGUGUGGAAAGCCAAAGUCAUGAUUCUAGAACCGAUUUUAAUUCUAGCCAGUACUGUGGCAUUCUCAGAUCACCAGAUGGGCCAUUUGUACCCUGUUGGUCUGAGGUUGACCCAAGGCAGCAGGUGGAUGCAUGUGUAGAGAUCAUGAGGCGCUCUAACGAUCCAGCAUCAACUCUGUGUGAUGUCCUACGAGAUUAUGCACUAAUGUGUCAACAGAAGGGUGUUGCCUUAGGACAAUGGAGAAAUGCAACUGGCUGUGCACUAACCUGCCCGUCAAACAGCCAUUAUGAACUCUGUGGAACCUCUUGUCCUUCUGCUUGCCCCAGCCUCUCUUUCCCCUUCACCUGUGAUACUGUGUGCCAGGAGGGCUGUCAGUGUAACAAUGGUUUUAUUCUCAAUGGUGACCAGUGUGUUCCACCAACAUCUUGUGGAUGCUAUCACCAAGGACGCUAUCGUGAAAGUGGCGAGCAGUUCUGGGAUGGUGAAGGAUGUCAGAGCUUGUGUACCUGUAACGGCACUACAGGGAAUGUCCAGUGUACUCCCAACUCCUGUGGCUCCCAGCAGUCCUGCCGUGUGGUGGAGGGCGAGUUUGGCUGCCAUCUCAACCCUCCUGGCACCUGCUAUGCCUCUGGAGACCCUCACUAUUUCACCUUUGAUCAUAAGGCCUUUGACUUCCAGGGGACCUGCCGCUAUGUUCUGGUGACCCUUUGUAAUGCCACUGGUGAGCUCAAUCAGUUUUCUGUGGAAGCUAAGAAUGAGCCAUGGAAUGGGUUGACAGUUUCAGUCACAGCUGAAGUUUUCGUGAAUGUGUGGGGCUACGAUGUGCACAUGUCAAGAGACAACAGGGGUAUUGUAGAGGUAAAUGGAAUAACGCAAAAUUUACCAAUUCUCUUGAAUGGAAGUCAAGUAUCUAUCUUUGCCAGUGGAUUUCAAACAGUUGUCAACACUGAUUUUGGCUUAAGCGUCAUGUACGAUGGAUGGAGUACAGUCUCUAUCACUGUGCCUCCAAAUUACAGGGGAAAAACAUGUGGACUUUGUGGAAACUUCAAUGGAAAUUCAAACGAUGACUUCUACACCCCAUCUGGAGUAACAGUCGCAUCUCCAGAUGAGUUUGGGCAAGCCUGGAAGGUGCCAGGCAACUACACUUGCAGUAAUGGCUGUGGCUCAUCAUGUCCAAGAUGCGCCAAUGAACAGCCCGCUAGAGAUCAAUGUGAGGUGAUCCAGGCAGCUGAUGGCCCCUUCAGUUUCUGCCAUGAGGUGGUGGACCCAGCACCAUAUUUCAACGACUGUGUGUUUGACAUGUGUGUGGCAGGAAAUCGAGGCCAUGACCUUCUGUGCAGGGCUCUUGAAACUUAUGUUAGAGCCUGUCAUUCUGCUAAUGUUCGAAUCUACCCUUGGAGACAAAAUACCAGCUGCACAUUGGACUGUCCAGCCAACAGCCAUUAUGAGCUGUGUGGUACUGACUGUGGCCACACCUGUGUCAGCAGCAAUAAUGCCACCUGUGAGCAGGCUUGCUCUGAGGGAUGCUUCUGCAAUGAAGGCUACCGCAGAAGUGGAACCAGUUGUGUCCCAGUGGAAAGCUGUGGCUGCCAGUAUGAUGGAUUCUACUAUAAUGCUGGCGAGUCCUUCUGGACAAACGGUUGUUCCCAGAGAUGUGAAUGUCACGCUCCCAAUCUCCUGCGAUGUUCUGCUGAGUCUUGCACUCCUGCACAGCAGUGCUCCAUCAGAGACGGCCAGCUGGGCUGUUACGAUGCCAUGUCCACCUGCACUGUGUGGGGGGAUCCACACUACAUCACCUUUGAUGGAGCAGUGGCUCAUUUCCAGGGAACUUGCUCCUACAUCAUCGCUGAGAGCACGAACCAUGGCACCAAUGAAACACAGUUUCAGGUGAUAGCCACCAACAAUCACCGUGGCAACAACCGUGUGUCAUUUGUGUCUGCAGUGGACAUAUACCUCUCAAAUCAUCCACAAAGUGUGCACAUCAGGAUCGGACCCAAUAAAAGAGUAACGGUAAAUGGAGGAGACGUGUCUCUUCCCACCACUGCAGGAACUUUAGCUGAAGUGCUAAGGGAAGGCAGCUACAUAGUCGUUGAUGCAUUUGACCUGACAGUCCAGUUUGAUGGCAAGAGUAGUUUGUUGGUAAGAAUUGCCCAAAAACAUCGAAACGCCGUCACUGGAAUGUGUGGAAACUUCAAUCGUGACUCUAGCGAUGACAAAGUCUCACCUAAUGGCACACUGGCACGAAAUGACAAUGACUUUGGACGCAGCUGGAAGUCACCAACAAGCCAACCAGGAUGUGGCUCGACCGAUGAAGAUAACAAUGGACUGAAUGACUGUACCUUUAGAGAAGAAUACUCCCAACUCUGCAGUGUCAUCACCAACACCACCGGCCCAUUCAGAGCUUGUCACCUGCACUCUGACCCCCAGCCAUUUUUCACUUCCUGUAUUUACGACCUCUGCCUUUACACUCCAGCCAAUGGCAUGUUGUGUUCUGCUGUCUCAGCCUAUGAGAGAACCUGCUCUGUUCUUGGGCUAGACAUCCCUGACUGGCGCUCCGGUUUGCUGUGUGAGGAGUCAGACCCAUGUGAACAGCUGGACUGCACAGAGUACGAGUGGUGUGGUAAGAAGGACGGUGUCUAUGGCUGCUCCUGUGAUGAACACCAUGACCGAGGCAACAAUGAAAGCUAUGACUCAACCAUCACUUGUGCCAGUAGUUCAGGCACCAUGUCCGUGUCCCGUUGUCAGCUAUUUGAGGCUGGCUUCUACCCUGAUGCCCUCCAUCUCCAAGAUGAAUCUUGCAAUGGGACUCUUGAGUAUGGUCGACUGGUGUUCCACUUUGACAAUGACAACCAUCUGUGUGGGACAGCACUCAGGAGCAACGGAACACAUUUCAUGUAUGAGAACUUCGUCCAGGGUAAUGUGAAUCCUAAUAAAGGUCUAAUCAGCCGCCAGAGGAGCAUCAAUCUGCGUUUCAGCUGUGAAUACCCCCUGAAUCAGGCCCUGUCUAUGGCUGUGGGCAUCAACCCUGUAGAAAGCAUCAUUAGGAAGAAGAUUGCAACUGGUCAAGGACAGUACAGCAUGAGAAUGAUCCCCUUCCAGGACCCUGGCUUCCGCUUCCCCUUCAGGACUGACACAAACAUACAAAUGGAAAUAGAUCAGAGGUUAUAUGUGGCGGUGAGAACAGAAGGAGUGGAUCAAAGCCAGAUCUCCACCGUUCUGGACUCCUGCUGGGCCACACCAGUCAACAUGCCAAAUUACCCUGUCCGCUGGGAUCUUAUUACUGCAGAGUGUGCCAAUGAAGCUGAUGGAACAGUAGAGCUGAUUCAGAACGGCAUCUCCACUGAGGCCCGAUUCUCCUUCAGGAUGUUCACUUUUACCAACUAUUCAUCCAUUUACCUUCACUGCCAGGUCCACCUGUGUCUUUUGAGACACAACAAUUGCACAGCUCGCUGUUACCCGGGUUACCACAGGCGAGUUCGGAGGGAUGCAUCCUUCCAUGACACGUCAUCCAUCUCACUUGGACCGCUUGUUUCAAGGCCAGGUAGCAGAGGUACAUUGAAGCUCUCAUGUGUAGUGACUGCUCAGGCUGUCAGACCUCUUUACCCAACAUCUGGAACUGUAAGCUCUGCGAUCGAUGAUGGAAGUUCUCCACAGAUUACCCUGCUAAGACCUUUUUUCUAUUUUGGGAGGACAUAUAACAGCAUUUAUGUAAACCACAAUGGGCAUCUGACCUUUGCUGCACCAUGGUCUAGCUACACCCCCCAACUGUUUCCAAUGUAUGGAUCCAGAGACAUCAUCGCUCCAUUCUGGACAGAUUUAGACAACAGAGGAAAUGGUCAGAUCUACUACAACCAAUACACCAGUGGCAGUGUUCUCCAGCAAGCUACACAAGACAUCAAUCAAUACUUUCCAGGACUGAACUUUAAUGCCAACUGGGUCUUUGUUGCAACUUGGUUUGAGGUGGCCUAUUAUCCCACAAGUGGAACACGCACUACUGUCCAAGCUGUGCUGAUCUCUGGAGGCCAAUAUUCAUUUGUGCUGAUGAACUACGGUAUAAUAGCCUCAACAACACUGAGCAUUCAGGCUGGUUAUGAUACAAUUGGCUCCACUCACUAUUAUGUCCUCCCUGGAUCACUCACCAGUGCUGCAUCAGGGAGUAACUCAAAUUUUCGCCUUGGCAGCAACGUCAAUGAACCUGGUCGCUGGGCCUUCCGGACAGACCAUGGAUCAACAGGCUGCACUUUUAAUGGUGAAUUAGUGCAGCUGGGUGCUUCAUUCUGGAGUGACAGGACCUGUGCACAGAAGUGCACGUGUACCUCAACAGGCCUGCAGUGCCACAAUGAGCCAUGCUCCUUUUCACAGAUCUGCAAGCCAGCUUCCUUCCAGUUCUCCUGUCAGACAGUGCCAAGAGGAACCUGCACCAUAAGCGGUGAUCCCCAUUACUACACCUUUGAUGACACAGUGUUUCACUUUCAAGGCACUUGCACGUAUGUUCUCUCUGAGCAAUGUAAUAGUGGACUGCCCUACUACAGAGUAGAGGGCAAAAAUGAGCACAGAGGCAGUACUCGAGUCUCUUGGACACGACUGGUGAAAGUGCAUGUCUACAAUGACACAAUUGAGCUUGUCAAAGGACGACGUGGUCAGGCAAAGGUUAACGGGAACUUUGCAUCCACUCCAUUCUUCCUUAGCAAUGGCACCGUGCAGGUUUAUGAGUCAGGUUUUUCUGUCUUUGUCAGCACUGACUUUGGUUUAGUGGUGUCUUAUGACACAAAUCAUUAUGUCCAGAUCAGCUUGCCCUACACUUACCAGAAUGCAACAUGCGGUCUUUGUGGAAACUUCAAUGGCAUUCGUAGAGAUGACUUUCAAACUCGUGACGGUGAAGUUGUGAGCUCUGAUGUGGUUUUUGCUAACAGCUGGCAAGCAUCUGGGGAUGAUGAGCCUGGCUGUGGGCCACAGUGCGGAGGUCUGGACUGUGCUGUUUGCACUGUAGAAGAGACAGCAUUGUACAGCAACACUGACCACUGUGGUAUCCUCAGCAGUAGUUCUGGACCUUUCGCUGCUUGCCAUCAGCAACUUCCUCCACAGUCCUUUGUGGACAGUUGUGUGUAUGAUCUGUGUGUAGGAGGAGGGUACCAACCUAUUCUCUGUCAAGCCUUAACCGUGUACGCAAGUCAGUGUCAACAAAAUGGUAUUCAGCUACCAAGUUGGAGGAGACCUGGCUUUUGUGAAAUGCCAUGUCCAGCCAACAGCCACUUUGAGUCUGAAGGCACAGGAUGUCCACCUACCUGUGUUAAUCCCAACUCUACCCAUAACUGCCCUCUACCUCCCCAGGAAAGCUGCAUCUGUGAUUCAGGCUACAUCCUCAGUGGUGGGGUCUGCGUACCUCAUGCUGAGUGUGGCUGCAGCUUUGAGGGCCGUUACUACCGCUCUGGACAAACUGUAAUACUAGAUGAAGACUGUGGGAGACGUUGUAGCUGCAGUUAUGGCACCAUGACUUGCCACUCUCAUGGUUGUGGCCCAUUUGAAUCAUGCAAAGUGGAGGAUGGAGAAAGAGGAUGCAGACCAAAUAGCUAUGAAACAUGCUGGAUCAGAGGCCCAGGGUCAUAUCAGACAUUUGAUGGACUGACAUACCAAUAUCCUGGGGCGUGUCGACUGACACUUGCCAAAGUUAUGGGACUGUCCAGUCACCCACACUUCAUGGUGACAGGAGAAAAAUUGCCAAGAGGCCAGCAAGGUUUUGCACGAAUUCUGCAUUUUGAAGCAGAGGGGAUACACGUAUCUAUUGAGAUGGCAAGGAACAGUAAAGUGAAGGUUAAUGGUCAGCUGAUCAGGCUGCCAUUCAGCACUCCAUCCAACCGCAUCCAGAUCUUCCACAGCAGCAUUUACAGUGUCAUCAUUCGCACCUCCUUUGGUGUAACUGUGCAGACAGUCUGGCCUCACUUUGUCCGUGUCACUGCUCCUGGUGUCUACAAUGGUUCACUGGGUGGACUCUGUGGUAACUACAAUGGUCAUCCACAUGAUGACUUCAAUACACCCAAUGGUGUUCUGGUCAACAGCUCUCAGGACUUUGGAGACAGUUGGCGAGAUGGCUCUCUGGCUGCUCACUGUGUGGAAAGCAUGAACCAAAAUUCUACAGCAAAUUACAAUUCUAGUGAGUACUGUGGCAUUCUCAGCUCACCAGAUGGGCCAUUUGUACCCUGUUGGUCUGAGAUUGACCCAAGGCAGCAGGUGGAUGUAUGUGUGGAGAUCAUGAGGGGCUCUAACAAUCCAGCAUCAACUCUGUGUGGCGUCCUACGAGAUUAUGCACUAAUGUGUCAACAGAAGGGUGUUGCCUUAGGACAAUGGAGAAAUGCAACUGGCUGUGCACUAACCUGCCCGUCAAACAGCCAUUAUGAACUCUGUGGAACCUCUUGUCCUUCUGCUUGCCCCAGCCUCUCUUUCCCCUUCACCUGUGAUACUUUGUGCCAGGAGGGCUGUCAGUGUAAUAAUGGUUUUAUUCUCAAUGGUGACCAGUGUGUUCCACCAACAUCUUGUGGAUGCUAUCACCAAGGACGCUAUCACCAAGGUGGUGAGCAGUUCUGGGAUGGUGAAGAAUGUCAGAGCUUGUGUACCUGCAACGGAAAUACAGGGAAUGUCCACUGUACUCCCAACUCCUGUGGGCCCCAGGAGUCCUGCCGUGUGGUGGAGGGUGAGUUUGGCUGCCAUCCCAACCCUCAUGGCACCUGCUCUGCCUCUGGAGACCCUCACUACAUCACCUUUGAUCGCAAGGCCUAUGACUUCCAAGGAACCUGUCGCUAUGUUCUGGUGACCCUCUGUAAUGCCACUGAUGAGCUCAAUCAGUUUUCCGUGGAAGCUAAGAAUGAGGCAUUGAAUGGGCGUCCACUUUCAAUAGUAGCUGAAGUUUUUGUGAAUGUCUGGGGCUACGACGUGCAUAUGUCAAGGGACAGAAGAGGCUUGGUACAAGUGAAUGGAGUAACUAGAAAUUUACCUAUUAUCUUGAAUGAAGGUAAUGUGUCUAUCUAUGCAACAGGACCUCGUAUACUUGUCAGCACUAAUUUCGGCUUGAGUGUUACCUAUAAUGGAUAUAGUGCAGUGUUUAUCUCCGUACCACCAAAUUACAGAGAAAAAAUAUGCGGACUUUGUGGAAAUUUCAAUGGAAAUCCAAAUGAUGACUUUCACACACCAUUUGGAACGAUAGUCACAUCUCCAGAUGAGUUUGGGAGAGCCUGGAAGGUGCCAGGCAACUACACGUGCAAUGACGGCUGUGGCUCCUCCUGUCCACAGUGUACCAAUGAACAGCCUGCUAGAGAUCAGUGUGAGGUGAUACAGGCAUCUGAUGGGCCCUUCAGUUUCUGCCACGAGGAGGUGGACCCGGCACCAUAUUUCAACGACUGCGUGUUUGAUGUAUGUUUGUCAGGAAAUCAAGGCCACGAUCUCUUGUGCAGUGCCACUGAAUCAUAUGUCAGUGCCUGUCAGUCUGCUAAUGUUCGAAUCUAUCCGUGGAGGGAGAACACCACCUGCACAUUGGACUGUCCCGCCAACAGCCAUUAUGAGCUGUGCGGUACUGACUGUGGCCACACCUGUGCCAGUAGCAUUGAUGAAACCUGUGAGCAGUUCUGCUCUGAGGGAUGUUUCUGUGAUGAAGGCUUCAUCAAGAGUGGGACCAGGUGUGUUCCAGUGGAAAGCUGUGGCUGCCAAUAUGAUGGAUUCUACUAUGAUGCUGGCGAGUCCUUCUGGACAGACGGUUGCUCCCAGAGAUGUGAAUGUCAUGCUCCAAAUGACCUGCGAUGUUCUGCUGCAUCUUGCACUCCUGCACAACAGUGCUCCAUCAGAGACGGCCAGCUGGGCUGUUACGAUGCCAUGUCCACCUGCACUGUGUGGGGGGAUCCACACUACAUCACCUUUGAUGGAGCAGUGGCUCAUUUCCAGGGAACUUGCUCCUACAUUAUCGCUGAGAGCACGAACCAUGGCACCAAUGAAACCCAGUUUCAGGUGAUAGCCACCAACAAUCACCGUGGCAACAACCGUGUGUCAUUUGUGUCUGCAGUGGACAUAUACCUCUCAAAUCAUCCAGAAAGUGUGUACAUCAGGAUCGGACCCAAUAAAAGAGUAACGGUAAAUGGAAAUGAUGUGUCUCUUCCCACCACAGUGGGAAUCUUAGCUCAGGUGGUAAGGCAGGGAAGCUACAUAGUGGUUGAUGUCUCUGACUUGCUAAUCCAGUUUGAUGGUCAGAGCACUUUACUGGUCAGACUGGGCCAAAACCGUCAUGACAGAGUCACGGGGAUGUGUGGAAACUCUAACAAUGAUCCUUCAGAUGACAAAGUCUUACCCAAUGGCACACUGGCACAAAACGAUAAUUAUUUUGGACACAGCUGGAAGUCACCCACCAGCCAACCAGGAUGUGGCUCCACUGAUGAAGAUGAUGAUGGACUGAAUGACUGUACCUUUAGAGAAGAAUACUCCCAACUCUGCAGUGUCAUCACCAACACCACCGGUCCAUUCAGAGCCUGUCACCUGCACUCUGACCCCCAGCCAUUUUUCUCUUCCUGUGUCUACGACCUCUGCCUCUACACUCCAGCCAAUGGCAUGCUGUGUUCUGCUGUCUCCGCCUAUGAGAAAACCUGCUCUGUUCUGGGGCUAGACAUCCCUGACUGGCGCUCUGCUUUGCAUUGUGAUGAGUCAGACCCCUGUGAAAAGCUGGACUGCACAGAGCACGAGUGGUGUGGUGAGAAGGACGGUGUCUAUGGCUGCUUCUGUAAUGAGCACCACCAUCGGCCAAACAAUGAGAGCUACGACUCGUCCAUCACUUGUGUCAGUAGUUCUGGCACCAUAUCUCUGUCCCGCUGUCAGCUGUUUGAGGCCGGCUUCCACUCUGAUGCCCUACAUCUUCGAGAUGAAUCCUGCAAUGGGACCCUUGAGGAUGGUCGACUGGUUUUCCACUUCAACAAUGAUGACCAGCUUUGUGGGACAAUGCUGAGGAGCAACGGGACCCAUUUCAGUUAUGAGAACACCAUCAGUGGGAAUGUGGACCCUCAUGAUGGCCUCAUAAGUCGUGAGAAGAGCAUCCACCUGCACUUCUCCUGUGACUAUCCUUUGACCCAGGCACUGUCUAUGGAUGUUGGCAUCAACCCUGUAGAGAGCAUUGUGAACAAGAGACUUCCAUCUGGUCUGGGCCAUUAUCAUUUGAGGAUGAUACCCUACCGGGACCCUGGCUUCCACUUCCCUUUGACCAGAAACAGAAAUUUAGAAAUGGAAAUAGAUGAGAGGUUAUACAUUGAGGUUCAGACGCAGGGAAUCGAUGAGCGGCAGAUCUCCACUAUUCUGGACUCUUGCUGGGCAACGCCUGUUAAUGAUGCCAGCUACCCUGUGCGCUGGGAUCUGAUCACCACACAGUGUCCUAAUCCAGCAGAUGGCACAGUAGAGCUGCUUCAGAAUGGCGUCUCCACCGUAGCCCGUUUCUCAUUCAGGAUGUUCACCUUUACCAACUUUUCAUCUAUUUACCUGCACUGCCAGGUCCACCUGUGUCUUUUGAGGCACAAUAACUGCACAGCUCAUUGCUACCCAGGUUACCAUGCAAGAGUGGCGAGGGAUAUUUCCUACCAUGACAGUGAAGGCAUCUCAUUGGGACCGCUUGUAUUGAACACAGGUAACAUUUGUACAACAUUGGCAGUCUUAAUGAAAGCAAGCAGCUCUCCAGGCCUCUUGACAUCUCUGGUGACCCUGAUAGUCUGCUUGCUGACUGCAAAUAUUCUGAUCUAG